CUGGAGAUGUUCUAAUGACCACCUGAAGAGAUGACAGCUAUUGCAUCUUGAAGAGGGCAUGCAGUGUCUUAUGCAAAAAUAUUAUUUUGGUUAUUUACUGUUUGGCCUGAAGACUUAGUGCUUAACUUCUCUGGACUGGCUCCAAGGAGAAAAAGAGAAAGGACUUCCAGAAAUCCUGCCUCAGUUUUCUAAUCCCCAUAUCCCUUGCCUAAGCAUCCUCAUCCUUACAUGAGUUCAAAUCACUCUACUUCUACAGAAGUCUUGAAUCUAGGAACCAUGAAUAGACUUGAGGGUGACAGAGAAUCCAAUAAAACCAUAUGCAGAGGUGAUAAGUGGCUGCAGUUUCCUGGGUACAGGGUUCAGACUUUGUAACAGAUUUUCAAAUGUAUCACUGACUCAAAGAAGAUCAAGAGUCGCUGUCUUAGAUAAUUUAACUUAUAAGUAUCUCUGAUUUGAAGAAAGAAAAAGCUGCACCUGCAAAGAAAGGAGCAUAAUGGCUCUUUCAAACUUAUCUUAUCUAACUUCUCAGGUGCUUUCCUAGAAUCAUUAAGUUGUUCAACUCACAUCCAUUUCCAAACUAUAUCUUGUCUCUGACUCUUCCCACUAUUCUAUGGCAUUAUUUUUAGAUCUCAGAUGGUUUUAUGAAAACAGAAAGGCAGUUACAAGAUAGUCCACCCUCCCUGAUUACAGUUUAGUGGAAUCUUGGUUCCAAAGAUUCUAUUUAUUUAUUUAUUUAUUUUCUGAGGAAGACUUGCCUUGAGCUAACAUCCAUUUCCAAUAUUUCCCCUUUUUUUCUUUUUAUGUGGGCUGUACCACAGCAUGGCCUCUAACAGAAGAAUGGUGUAGGUCAGUGUCUAGGAUUCAAACCCAGGUACCCUAAGUGAAGGGCACUGAACGUAACCGCUAGGCCUCUAGGGCUUGCCCCCGAAGGAGAUUUUAAAAGACAUGUACUCCAGCAUCCUCAUUUGGUGUAUGAAGCCUCAUGAUUCAGGGACUUCUUCAAGCACUGAUUAACAUCAGAGCCAUGUGUGAGGAGAAUUUUCGUUUCACCAUAUCGAGAGAUAGCAGUUUUCACCAGUUUUGUCUAUUUCUGAUUCUCAGAUAUUUGUGAAUUCUAGGAAGUUAAAACAUGAAAUUAAGACAUUUCAGAGGAUAAUGUACUCAUAAUGCCAAUUUACUGUCUUUUGUCCCCAAAGAGAAUGAGAAUGUUUAUUGAAGGGAAUUGUUCAUUUAAGUUUAGUAAUCAUGCGUGGAAGACAGAUUAACUCAACAUGAUGAUUUAAGUUGUAUAUUUAGUCAGCUGCAUGACUGGAAAAAGACGAAGAAUACUUGUUUUUGUUUUUUGAGAAUGAAAUAAUUUCCAUCUGUCAUCUUUUUGUCAGUAGAUGACACUAACCAUGUCCAUGGAAAGGAAUAGAAAUGAGACUUCUGUGUCCACGUUUGUUCUCCUGGGACUUUCAGAUGAAAAAGAGGUGCAGCGUGUACUAUUCCCAGUCUUUCUAGGGAUCUACCUUAUGACUCUAAUCUGGAACCUGGGUCUUAUCAUCGUAAUCAGGAUGAACUCCCACCUGCACACGCCUAUGUACUUUUUUCUCAGUUUCCUAUCAUUUUUAGACAUCUGUUAUUCUUCUUCAAAUAGCCCAAGAAUGCUUUCAGACUUCUUAAAAGAUGAAAAAAACAUUUCCUUCAUUGCCUGUGCCACCCAGUAUUUUAUUGGGUGCUGGAUGGGUCAGGCUGAAUGCUGCAUCUUGGCCACCAUGGCCUAUGACAGAUUUGUUGGUAUCGGUAGGCCUCUGCAGUACUCGAGCAUCAUGGCUCCUGGCCUCUGUCAUAAGUUGAUUGCUGGGGCCUAUGGGAGUGGUUUCCUUGGUAGCUUAGUUCAAACAGUUUCUUGCUUUCGUCUCUACUACUGUGGGCCCAAUAUCAUUCCAAAUUUCUACUGUGAUGUAACCCAGAUUAUUUCUUUGUCUUGUUCUGAUUCCUACAUCAGCCAAAUGAUUCUGUCUCUCGAAUCUAUUCUUGUUGGGUUUGGUUCCUUCUUGGUAAUCAUCUUAUCUCAUGCAAUCACUGUAGCUUCCAUCCUGAAACUAUCUUCCAUCAAAGGUAGUGCCAAGGUCUUCAAUACCUGUGCCUCCCACCUAGUAGUUGUGACAAUCUUCUAUAGCACAAGCCUCUUUAUGUACCUGCAUCCUAACUCUAGCCACUCCAAGAAGCAAAACAAGGUGCUGUCAGUGUUCUAUGUUAUCCUAAUCCCCAUGUUAAACCCGUUAUCUAUAGUUUCAGGAACAAGGAGAUCAAAGAGGCCCUCAAGAGGAUGA